AAUAGUUUACUCAAUAUAUCUAUAAAUUUAAAAUUUCAAUUUAAGUACAGUUUAAAUAAUAAUUUAAAUUAUUUUCUUAAAAAUAGAAACUUAUUCAGACUGAAUUGUUUUGAACUUUUGCAUGUCAAAAGAAGUAUUAACUCAAACAAUUGAAUUUUUAUAAUAUUUUUAUAUGUACUUAUAUACAUAAAUACUAAAUAAAAAAAAACAAAAAUAAUUAAUACAAACCAGAAGAGAAAAAAAGGAAGUUUUGAUAAAAAUAUUUUCAAUUAUUUGCGGUUUGAAUUUGAAUGUUAAAACAUAUGACACCUGGCCCCUCGUCAGGUCAGCCACGUCCACCGACGCGGGGCCUUCCACAUCCACACACAACAACAAGCAGUAGGCAACCGCCUCAACCACCAUCGUCAUCAACAAUUCAAACAUUAAAUGUAUCAAAUUUAUCGACACCAACAACAGCAUUAACAAUACCUCCAAAAUUAAUUGCAAAUGGUGGUUUAAGAUAUUCAGCUUUAUUGAAUUCAACUCCAAUAACAGUAACUUCAAAUUCAAAUUCUAAUAUAAAUAGUAAUAAUAAUUGUAAUGUAAAAGGUAAUUGUAAUAAUAAUCAUCAACAAUAUAAUCAUAAUUUAAAUUUAACAAAUGCAACAUGCAAUUAUACAACAAAUAGCACCAUUUUAAAUACCAAAACUCGAAUUGGAGCCACAGAAGCUUUAACCAGUUUAGGACUUUUAUGCUUAGUGUCUUUGCUAUUAGCACUACUCUCCUUAAUUUUUUUAUUGAAAAUUUCACCUGGAGGAAGAGAGUUACCACCGCCACCACCCGGACCAACAUCCCCUGAAGAUUAUAUAAUUGUAUAUGAUGUAACAUUAGCAUUAUGUGCUCUAUCGUUAUCAUUAAAUUUAUGUUGUUUAUUGGUAUGCGCAAUCCAGUUUUUAUUUGCUGUAAAAUUAGUCAGAGCACCAGCUACGAUAGGAAGGGGUAACAAAUAUCUUGAAAAAUCAAGCGUAAGUCGGGUUUGUGCGGUUGGAGGAUUUUUCAUUUCCAUUCCAAUAUUUUUAACUGGAAUUAUAUUGUACACAUUUACACAAUUUCAUUCAACACCAGCUAUAAUAACAAGUGUUCUAAUUGGUAUUGGUAUUGUAUUUUGUGGCGGAGCAAUGGUACAUAAUGUUUUUGUUUGGCAAAAAGAAAAAACAAUUUGUGUAAGAAAUCAACCACUUCAAUUGCAAAUUUCACCACAAAUAAGUGCUAUAGCACCACCGAUACAAUUUUCAAAUCAAAGUCAAAUUAAUACAAAUGACAUAAACAGUCAAUCUGCAAAUAAUAAUAAUAACAUUAAUCAUAAUAAUAAUAAUAACAACAAUAACAACAACAAUAAUAAUAAUAAUAAUAACACAAAUAAUUUAAUUAAUCCAACACCACUUGGCUUAAGUCAAAUGCAAUUAAAUUUACACCAGAAUAAUCAAGCGAAUCAUACGCCAUUAACACACACGUCACAGCAUAGUCAUGGAACUUCAUUAACACCAAUAUCACCAAAUCAUUCACAUAAUAAUAUUAGCUUUAAUCAUUCAUAUAUGUCUGGUUAUGUUGUAAGAGCUGCAACAGCAACACCACCGACACCUAAAAUUAAUGCAACAAUUGGUGGCGGAACAAAUAACAAUAAUAAUAAUAAUACACGCGGAGUUAUACCACCGCCACCAACGAUAAAUGGUACAAAUAGAGAUGCUAGCGGCUCAAUAAGUCCAGGAAUACCAACAAAUUUAGAAAUAAGUAACGUGACUAAUGUAUCACCACAUGAACUAUCAACAUUGGUGUAAUUAAACUAAAAGCUUUUCUUUUUAGAUUAAAUUAGGAAUAAAAAGAAAAUAAGAAUUCAUUUUUUAAUUUACAAAAAAAAAUUACUAGUAAACUUUUAACUAGUAAAAACCCUAUUGGUCCUUACAGGACUUAUAUUUUUUUUAAUCACACAUAUAUGUAUGUAUAUAUGGAUAUCUUUUUUAUUAAUUUAUUUUUUAAAUAAUUUUAAAUUAUAUAUAAAACUUGUAAAUAUUUUACCUAAUGUGUAGAAAAUUAUUUGU